GUUCUCGUCCUGUUUUCGCACUUCGUUCCUUUUCCCGCGACUUUUGUACGUCGACACAGCGAUUCGCGACUUAACAAGGAUAAUCAAAAAUGAACCCAUCUUAAAAAGCGGCCCAAGGAUACGAAGAUUCGAGAAGAAUGACCGAGGCACAAUCAAUGAAAGUGUAACAUCGCAGAGAAUCGUUUGUUCGCGAAUCAAUCGAGAGAUUGCCCGAGCGGAGAGGAUGAAGUCGUCGGACGCUUAGCCGGCUUUCGAAGCCAUGAAUUUUUCGUGGCAGUGACAAUUUGAAACGGCGAAACAGAAGAGACGUCGUUAUAGGACGCGAACGACAUGUCCGCGGAACGAAAUGGUGAACGGAUCGAUCGGAAUCAAACGUUCGAGAUAGAAAAUGGCAACCUCACGGAGAACCGCUCGAGCUGCCUUCCGGAAUUCUUCAACACCACUUUGCCGGAUGUCAACGCGACGAAUGAGAUCGACUCUUUCUACUUUUACGAGACGGAACAAUUCACGGUGUUAUGGUUGCUGUUCGCGAUGAUAGUCGUGGGCAACAUAGCGGUGUUAAUUGGCCUCCUCUGGGGCAAACGUCGAAAGACGAGGAUGGACUUUUUCAUCAAGCAACUGGCGUUCGCGGAUUUAUUGGUCGGCCUGAUCUCCGUGUUGACGGAUAUAAUUUGGAGAACGACGGUGACUUGGCACGCCGGUAACGUCGCCUGCAAGCUGAUAAGAUUCAUGCAAGCUGUUGUGACCUACAGCUCUACCUACGUUCUCGUCGCGUUGUCGAUCGACAGAUACGAUGCCAUCACCAGACCGAUGAAUUUCACUGGCAGGUGGUGGAGAGCCAGGGCUCUGGUCAUCGCUGCCUGGAGUUUGUCAGCAUUGUUCAGUGUUCCAAUAAUUUUCCUGUACGAGGAGAGACGCAUACAGGGGAAGACUCAGUGCUGGAUUGACCUGGGCUCUCCGUUGCAGUGGAGGAUCUACAUGAGCCUGGUCAGCUUUACCCUCUUUAUAGCACCUGCUCUGAUCAUAGGAGGGUGUUACGCUGUGAUCGUAGCUACUAUAUGGUCGCAAGGAGGAGCAUUACGUCAGGGACCUACCAGGGACACCAGAAGGGCGUCCUCUAGGGGACUCAUCCCUCGGGCGAAGGUCAAAACCGUCAAAAUGACUCUCGUCAUAGUAUUCGUAUUCAUCCUAUGUUGGAGUCCAUACAUAGUGUUCGAUCUGCUACAAGUCUACGGCUACGUGCCAGAAACUCAAACCAACAUCGCAGUAGCCACGUUCAUUCAGAGUUUAACGCCAUUAAACUCGGCCGCCAACCCCAUCAUAUAUUGCCUUUUCAGCACGUCAUUUUGUAAAACUGUACGAAAUAUGCAGGCGAUCUCAUGGGUCUCGGGAUGGUGCGCGACGAAUCCCCAUCACUGUUUCGGCACCGGUGGUCCUAACAGUAGCAGCAGAACCACGGUGACAACAUCGCUGACAGCGCAUUCUUCGCGAAGAAGCGGUCACAUCGCGAUGCUACACUCCACCACCAGAAAACGAGUCAUGGUAUCUUUAGUAUAAAAAAACGAACGGCGCGAGUCUGUUUCCUGUCCAAUAACAUCAAGUCUCCUGCCUAAUGAGAGCCUCUUCGAAGCUCCACGAGACAACGAGUAUCGAGGUGGGUAUCCACUUGUUACAUGUACCCUGCGUAUCGUCAUUACGUCCCUGAUAUGUUAAUGACUUCUUUGUUUCUCUUAUCGGGAAGACUUUAAUACAUUCAGAGAAACUUGCCUGACUUUUUACUUUUUUUAAUUGUCAUUUUUUUUAGUUGUCAUUUAAGGUGGACUUUUUGUCAUUUCUUUUGUAUCGAAUUUUGAUGUACAAACCUCGUCUUGUGCGACAAGUGUAUACUCACCUUAGCGUCUUCAAAAUUAUGUCCACAAUUUGCACUGAUGGAAACGCUUUUUCUGAAAUGUAAUUUCUACUUCUCUAUCGUAAUGAACCAAUUGAACAUUGGUAUAUUUCGUUGCUGUAUGAAGCAGUUAUAUGACACAUCGAAAACAUAAUUUAGAAGACGAUGUUGAACAUAAGUACGUGGUCUGUUGCGAAAAUAAUGAGACUGAAUUUUUUAAACAUAGAAAUCCUGCAUACAGUGACAUUUAUUUCUGUUCAUUUUUUUUUUAUUUAAUAAUUCUAUUGUAUUUAAU